UUCAUGGGCUGAUUAGGACACAUUCCAAGAUGCAAUUUGUUUUCGUGUUUUCUCUGCAGGAAACGCAACAAUCUUCAACCUCGUAACCGCUGCUGUUUCCGCACUAAGCCUCGGGAGCGACAUCAUGCUGCUCAAGUCUGUCUACUUUGGAAGCACGAUGCCACCAGCCACAACUGGUAACGACGGCGUACCGAAGGGGACUCUUAAGAUAAUGCGGCUGGCACUCUGUGCCAAGGCGCUUGUCGUUACCUUCGAAUUUUUUGCGGCGAUUUUUGACGGCUACAACUGUGCCCAAGAUGAGCAUGUUUUAACGCUGUUUUUAUGUGGAGCUACCAUCGCCACUGCCAUUAAGGUGAGUCUGCAUGUAAAUGCGCAGUCAUUGUUACAUCUCAGCGCCAUAUUCUCUACAGCUAUGAUACACGUGGAAACCAGUGUGAUUCAAGGCGCAGUGUGUUGGGCCAUAUCAUACAGUCAGCGAGGUUUUGCAAGUAAACCGAAAUACGCAGAAAGCUGACCUUUCUUUCAAGGAGUGUCGGUUUGAGAUU